AUGUUGCAACACCCCUCACAAUCCUACUUGAAUCAGAAUCAAGGUGGACAAGGGCAGGCAAAUGGUAAUUUACCAUGGGGAGGACCAUUCCCCAGUCUACAUCUUUGGCCACUUCAAGACACAUUUGUGAUGAAGAUGAUCCAUCUACCGGAAGGACAAAGGAUCAAAAUUGGACGUCAGACAAAUACCAAAACUGUACCGGGUGAACGUAAUGCAUACUUUGAUAGUAAAGUAUUAUCCAGAUUACAUGCUGAAAUUUGGGAACAAAAUGGAAAGAUGUAUAUCAAAGAUGUUAGGUCGUCAAAUGGUACUUUCAUUAAUGGAGAACGUCUGAGUCCUGAAAGUGUAGAAAGUGAACCUUUUGAGUUGAAGAACGAGGAUCAAGUGGAAUUUGGUAUAGAUAUAGUCAGCGAAGAUAAUAGGACAAUUGUACAUCACAAAGUGGCCGCAAAAGUUUACUGCGUAUUCGGUCCAGAAGAUGCAGCUUUAAGUGCACGCGAGUUGGUCAACUACCAGAACCAAGAUGGUCGUGGAGCCAAACGAAUGCCAACUAAUUCAACUGGUUAUCCAAAUAAUCAACUAGCACAAAUGGGUCCAUCUGUAAUGAGUAGUGGAGGUAAAUCUGGCGGUCUAAGUUUCGAUCAUGUACUUACCAAACUACAGAAUGAAUUAAGAGCUAGCAAAGAGACAGGAGCGGAACUGCAGAAUCUGGCAACGGCAUUCACGGAUAUACAGGACACAUUGGGUGGAGGAUUGCCACCAGCACAGAACGGUUCAGCCGCGCAAUUCAUUCCACCUCAAUUCCGAUCGGCGUCAGCAGAAGCACAAGCUGCACUGGCUGGACCACAUGGUCAACAAGCAGCUGCAUUCAUAGCUCUUCAAAAUCAACUGACUGAGACCCAAACAUCGCUUGGAUCUCAACUUGAAAAAAUACGUUUAUUGGAGGGAGAGCUGAAAGAACAUGGAAGUAUCAGGAAUGAGAUAACGACAAUGAGAGAACAGAUGGAAGAAUCCAAAAGGGAAAUGGAUUUAUUGCUUACAAGCGGAGGUAUAAGCGGGUCAAUGAGAGGAAGACGUAUGAGCCGAAGAAAAGGACAUGAGGAUGAUGAUGAUGAAGAUGAUGACGACGACGACGCUAGAAGUGUUAUGACCAUGAUGGAUAAUGAAGACUCUGAACAGAGAGUAAGGGAUCGACGUAGAGCUGAAAGAGAAGCUCCUGAUAUUAGAAGAGAUAGAGGAACGGAUAGACCCAAGACACCGGAACCGACCAACCUAAACGGAGAUAUAGGGUUUGAUGAUGAAAAGGACUCUUCCGGUUCAAGUCAUUCUAUAUCCCAACCUAAUGGAACAACGUCUCGUGAAAGUGAAAUCAUUCAGCAGAAUGCUGAAUUGGUAGGGAGAAUCACCGCUCUUUCAGCGGAAAUAUCAGAAGCGGUUCAACUUUCACAAACUCUGCAAUCACAGCAUUCAGAAGCAAUGUCAGCCGUCAAACUUCUCACGGAAAGAGUUGGAGCUUUGGAAACCGGUAUAGCAUCUAAGGUAGCGGAAGAAGUGGAGAAAGCGGAACUAAAAUGGGAAAACUGGAGGGUGAAAUUCGAAGAAGGUUGGAAGAAAGAACGCGAAUCUUGGGACGCAGAGAGGGAACGUCUAAGAGGUGUAGUACGAGAAUGGGAAGAAGCAAGUAGAAGAGCACAUGAAGAAGAGGAAGAAAGAGAGUUGAAUGAAAGUCUAAGUGAAGAUGAGUUGGAGGAGGAGGAAGAUGAUCAUGAGAAUGUAGAAGGACAACCGAAUGAAGUUUUAUCGUUGGACGGAUGGGAAGAUGGUACUUCUAGAUCCAGUAACCCGCCGUCAAAGAUACCAGUAUCUCCUAGCAGGAAAUCGAAACAACGUAGGAAAUCAAGUUCUAAAGCUCUAUUAGCUGUCAGAGCAUUACAAGCUGUUUCUGAAAACGAUAAUGCUCUACCGUUAGACAAUAAUAACGGUUCUUCCACACCGAAAGGAACGUCAGCGAACGUCAUUGAUAACCCUUCUCCCAUCCCUACCAUCAACGGUCAUGGCACAGGAUCAGGAAGGUCGAAGAAUAAGGGACGAAGGGGAAACUCCAAAAAACGUGAACAAAACUUCCAGAGAUCAGGUUUAGCUAGAACGAUAAAAGUUGACGAGAAAGAAAAAGAGAAUUCAUCGGAAUCAGGAAGAGAAAGUGUAUCAACAUUGAAAGAUGGCGAUGAGACAGAUGUUGUCAAAUCGAAGAAUGGUAAUGGUACUAUGAAAGGGAAAAGUAAUGAGUCUCAAGCACAAGCUAUACGGCCCGUCCCGGUAUUCACUGUGCUGGUAGUACUAGUAGCAGCAGGUGUAUAUUGGCACAAAUUUCAUAAAGAUUAG